UGCCGCCGGAGCACGCGACGAGUUCGUAGUCUACUUUUAGUGCAAACAGUGAAAUGCGGAAAGCGCGUUAAAAGUAAUCAAAAAUUAACAACAGCAAGAGUAAAAUAAAAUUAAGUAAAAGAAUUUGGAAAAGGAAUAAGUCCGAAAAAAGGAAACCAAAACACAAAGUGCAGAAAGAGCAAAAAGCAGGAGAAGAAAGCUGUAAAGUGACGGAGAGCACAAGGGGCCGAAGAACGCAAAGGAAAGGAGGAGAAGAAAGCCGCAGAAGAGGCAGCGACGGUGGGAACCACGAGGAAUAAGUUACGGUAUAUCCCCCAACCUACAACAAAACACAAAAAGGCAAUCAAGGAGCAACAGCAACAACCACAGCAACAACAAAACGAAGUGCCAUAUGCAACCGAUAAGACUGCGUGAUUGGUCAAGUGGUGAACAGCUUGGACAGCGACUGUCGAGAGGUUGAGUGCUGAGUGGCGGGUCGAGCGACGUGUGAACCAUCUCGAAAUGGCGGCUGGUCGGGGCAGCAGAGUUGCGGCGUUGCCCAGCGAUGUCGUCGUCGCCGCCACGAGCAGGUGCUGAAGCUGAAGCUGAAAUGCAGAUGACGAUAGCAAAAUCGAACAUCAAUUGAUCCAGCGGACGAGCAGCCCACAUCCUCGAGUCAAAGCCAAGCGAUAUCCGUAGUUGGAGUCAUAGAAGCAGCCGCAGCCACAGCCACAGCCGCAGCCGCAGCCAGAGACAGUGAGUUUCCAUUGGAGCAUCCAUAUCCAUCAGCUGACAACUGUCAGCUGCUGUCAUCCGUCAGCUGUCAAGAGCGAGUCCAGUCCAGCUGUCAACGGCAAGCGGAAGAGAGCGGCGCACAGAACGGGAUCGGGCCAGGAACGAAACGAAACGGAACGGAACGGGACAGCGACGAGUGGCGCAGCGUAGCGUGUAGGCGGCAAAAUGCCUGGCGGACGACGUGGACUGGUUGCGCCACAAAACACAUUCCUCGAGAACAUCAUCCGGCGCUCCAAUUCGCAGCCGGACAGCUCGUUUCUUUUGGCCAACGCACAAAUCGUCGACUUUCCGAUCGUCUACUGCAAUGAGUCCUUCUGCAAGAUCAGUGGCUACAAUCGGGCCGAGGUCAUGCAGAAGUCCUGCAGAUGCGGCUUCAUGUACGGCGAGCUGACAGACAAGGAGACGGUGGGACGGCUGGAGUAUACGCUGGAGAACCAGCAGCAGGAUCAAUUCGAAAUAUUGCUCUACAAGAAAAACAAUGUGCAGUGUGGCUGUGCCCUCUCACAGUUUGGCAAGGCGCAAACACAAGAGACCCCACUAUGGCUGCUGCUGCAGGUGGCGCCCAUACGGAACGAGAGGGAUCUGGUUGUGCUCUUCCUGUUGACAUUCCGGGACAUAACGGCCCUCAAGCAGCCCAUCGACAGCGAGGACACCAAGGGAGUUUUAGGUCUCUCCAAGUUCGCCAAGUUGGCCCGCUCGGUGACGCGCAGCCGCCAAUUCAGCGCCCAUCUGCCCACGCUGAAGGAUCCCACAAAGCAGUCCAAUCUGGCGCAUAUGAUGUCACUGAGCGCGGAUAUUAUGCCACAGUACCGACAGGAAGCGCCGAAGACGCCGCCACACAUACUCUUGCAUUAUUGUGCAUUUAAAGCAAUUUGGGACUGGGUGAUAUUGUGUUUAACAUUUUAUACCGCCAUCAUGGUGCCAUACAAUGUAGCGUUUAAAAAUAAAACCUCAGAGGAUGUUUCCCUUCUCGUGGUCGACUCGAUAGUCGAUGUUAUAUUCUUUAUAGAUAUUGUUUUGAACUUCCACACCACAUUCGUGGGGCCGGGCGGUGAGGUGGUCAGCGAUCCGAAGGUGAUACGAAUGAACUACCUCAAGUCGUGGUUCAUUAUCGAUCUGCUCAGCUGCCUGCCGUACGAUGUCUUCAAUGCGUUCGACCGGGACGAGGAUGGCAUCGGGUCGCUGUUCAGUGCCCUCAAGGUGGUGCGCCUGCUGCGCCUGGGCCGUGUGGUGCGCAAGCUCGACCGCUACCUCGAGUAUGGAGCUGCCAUGCUGAUCCUGCUGCUCUGCUUCUACAUGCUGGUGGCUCACUGGCUGGCCUGCAUCUGGUACUCGAUCGGGCGCAGCGAUGCGGACAAUGGGAUCCAAUACAGCUGGCUGUGGAAGCUGGCGAAUGUGACGCAGUCUCCGUACUCGUACAUCUGGAGCAACGACACGGGGCCGGAGCUGGUGAACGGGCCGUCGAGGAAGAGCAUGUACGUGACGGCCCUGUACUUCACCAUGACCUGCAUGACCUCGGUUGGCUUUGGCAAUGUCGCCGCGGAGACAGACAACGAGAAGGUGUUCACCAUCUGCAUGAUGAUCAUUGCAGCUCUGCUGUAUGCCACAAUCUUUGGUCAUGUGACCACAAUCAUACAGCAGAUGACCUCGGCGACGGCCAAGUACCACGACAUGCUCAACAACGUGAGGGAGUUCAUGAAGCUGCACGAGGUGCCCAAGGCACUCAGUGAGCGAGUGAUGGACUAUGUCGUCUCCACGUGGGCCAUGACCAAGGGUCUGGACACCGAGAAGGUACUAAACUAUUGUCCGAAAGAUAUGAAGGCUGACAUAUGUGUUCAUCUAAAUCGCAAAGUAUUUAACGAGCAUCCGGCAUUUCGUCUGGCCUCGGAUGGUUGUCUCCGGGCUUUAGCGAUGCACUUCAUGAUGUCCCAUUCGGCGCCAGGAGAUCUGCUCUACCACACCGGCGAGAGCAUCGACAGUCUCUGCUUCAUAGUGACGGGCAGCCUGGAGGUGAUACAGGACGACGAGGUUGUGGCAAUACUGGGCAAAGGCGACGUCUUCGGUGAUCAAUUCUGGAAGGACUCGGCCGUUGGCCAGAGCGCGGCCAAUGUGCGCGCUCUGACCUAUUGUGAUUUGCAUGCCAUCAAACGUGAUAAAUUGCUCGAAGUCCUCGAUUUCUAUUCGGCAUUUGCGAAUAGCUUUGCACGCAAUCUGGUGCUCACCUACAAUCUCAGACAUCGACUGAUUUUUCGCAAGGUGGCCGAUGUGAAGCGCGAAAAAGAAUUGGCCGAACGGCGUAAGAACGAGCCGCAAUUGCCCCAGAAUCAGGACCAUCUCGUGCGCAAGAUCUUCUCCAAGUUCCGCCGCACGCCCCAGGUUCAAGCCGGCAGCAAGGACAUUGUCGGUGGCGGCACCGGCUCCGGCCAGAGCGAUGUCGAGAAAGGUGACGGCGAGGUGGAACGCGUUAAGCUACCAGCCAAACUGACAUUAACCGAGGACUCACGCAUCCUAACGACCGCCGCCGUACCAUCACCAUCGCCAUCACCCUCGCCCUCAUCGGGUCCACCAUCUGCGCGGAGUACCCGUGCCAGCAAGUGGGGACGCCUUCUGGGCAGUUCAAGCGUCGAUUCAGCUAGCGACACCAGCGCCAAGGUAGCCGUCUCGAGAAGUUUGAGCGCCCGCGAGAGUCUCCGUGAGAGCACCGCCCAGGCGCGGCAGAGUAGUACUUCGAGUAGCAAUGGUGGACAAGGCAACAAAGUUUUCCCAAAGGCGCCCAAGCUGCAGGCGAGCCAAGCGACGCUCGCCCGCCAGGACACCAUCGACGAGGGCGGCGAGGUGGACUCCUCUCCGCCCAGUCGCGACAGCCGCGUGGUCAUCGAUGGAGGCGCAGCCUCCGCGCCCGUCGGAGCUCCGGCUGCAGGAACAGCAGCGGCAACAGCGGCAGCAGCGGCGUCAGCGUCAGGAGGUGUCGCGUCAGUCACAGGCCCGGGCUCGUCCGGCGGAGCAGGCGUUGGCACUGGAGCAGUGACGGCUCUGGUGAAGGGAGAGCGAAAUCUGGCCCUGGAGCGGGAGCGCCAGAUCGAGAUGGCCAGCUCGCGGGCCACCACCUCGGACACGUAUGACACGGGCCUGCGCGAGACGCCGCCCACGCUGGCGCAGCGAGAUCUCAUCGCCACCGUCCUGGACAUGAAGGUGGAUGUGCGGCUAGAGCUGCAGCGCAUGCAGCAGCGGAUAGGCCGCAUCGAGGAUCUGCUGGGCGAGCUGGUGAAGCGGCUUGGGCCGCAGCAGGGCGACAACAGCAGCGGCCAGACGACGCCCGGCGACGAGAUCUGUGCGGGCUGCGGGGCUGGAACUGGGACUGGGACUGCAACUGGGUCGGGCUCGCCCACAACCCCGGCGACAGUGACGGUAACCACGCCCGUGGACACUGUGAUAACCAUCUCAUCGCCAACGUCAGCAGCGGGACCAGGGGCUGGAGCUGGAGCUGGCGCUGGCAGCGGUCUACUAAAUCCAGGUGCCCCGGUUGUGUCGAGCGCGGGAGGCAACGGCCUGGGGCCACUGAUGCUCAAGAAGCGACGCUCGAAGAGCAGGAAAGCACCGGCGCCUCCUAAGCAGACACUCGCCUUGGUCGGCGCGUCAGCCUCCACGACCACAACUGUGACGGGCGCCGCUGGAUCUGGUACGACGAGCGUGGCAGCGUCAGCAUCACCUGCAGCAGGGGCAGGCUCUCCCGGUGGUGCCUGCCCCACGGAGCUGCUGCACCUGCGCCUGCUCGAGGAGGACUUCACGGCGGCCCAGUUGCCGCCAUCGACGCCGGCAGCCACGACUCCCACAUCGCUCCCAGGCAGCGGUACGCCCUCGCCCACGGGGCCGCCACCCACGCUGCCAACGCCCACAGGCAGCAGCAGCGGUCCCAGGAGCGGCAAGCGAGAGUUCCUCUAGCCCAAGAUUCUGUUGAGGCAUCAGUCUUCGGCUGCAGCUUCGGCUACAGCUUCGGCUUCGGCUGCGAGCUCGGCUUUAGCUUCAGCUUCCGCGGAGAGCAGCAGCAGCAGCGGCAUGGAGCCAUAAAGGGGAGAGGGAGAGCAAGCCGCAAUCCCAGCCAUAUGCUUAGUUAGACUAAAUUCUAGUAUAUGUAUUAAGAAGAUAAUGCUGUAACCUGUAACCUCAAGAGCUAGACUAACCCACAAACAAAUGCUCACUGCUCCGACAUGAAUCUAUCUCUCUCUCUCUCUCGCGCUAUUCUAUCUCUGUCUCUCUCGAUAUAAGAAUAUCUCUCUCUCUCUCUCUCUCUCUCUCUCUCUCUCGCUUACACACACACACACACACUGAAUGGAAGUGCUCGAUACUUGAAAUUCGAUACUUUUAGCCCAUUAGCCGAUCCGCGAUGAUUAGCGAUAGCGAUAGAUACUAGAGUUAAUGACUACGAUUAAGGCAAAGCAUAUUGCUUACGAUUUUGCUACAUUUACUGCAAUUAUUUACCUUUAUACAUACAAAAACCAAAUAUAUACACGGAUAUACUAAGGAGGGAUAUUACGUAGAUAAAGCGUCACAGAUGGACAGGACAGGAUAGACCAGAUGGAUGAUACGCAGAUACGGUUAGGUGUACAUAUAUAGACGUGGAUUUAACUUUGUGAUAACUGCUGAAGUGAGAGGCGACGAGGUGAGAGAAGGUGAAGAUCGCACCAGAUGCCCGUGAAUUGUACAUAGCAUAGUCCUAUCUAUAGUCAUUUAGUAGCACCACCACACUGACACACACACACACACACCCAAGAGAGAGCUGGAAGGGAUUGAUUGUACAUACAUACUCGUAUGGGUAUCCAGCCCGUCCUAUAACUUAACGAAACGCAGCACUCGCACCACUCGCUUGGCUUUGCCCCCGCCCCCCACUAGUUGACUCAACGAAGAAGGUAGAGGAUACACUAACAAAACAAGUUGCGACAAUCGACAGACCUAAGAUGAGAAAAUAAGAAACUACAUUUUAAAGCAAACGAAACAAAAAAAAACUCUUAAAACUACCCAGAAAAAAGAAAAGAAGAAACAUUUGUAUAGGAGCUUGUAAAUACUUGAAUUACAAUUUGGGAAAAAUAUGUUAAUGUGCAUCAUAAACACUCCCCCACUCCACGCCACAACCUACACACACAUAUUUUGUGAUACAAAUUAGCUGAAAAUAGUACCCAAAAAGCAUACGAGUAUUUGUUAACGCUUAUGCCCGAAGCAGGCGCAAGUGCAGGAGCAAAGGAAGAGUUGUUGGAGAGUCAUGCUGGAUACGCGCAUGUAGCAUAAGGCCAACUACAAUAUAGAGUGGUAGUACGGAUAGAGAUACAAAUAUACAAAUACUAAUAGAGAUGUGUCCUGAGCAGUUGAAGAGGCAAAGGUUUCAUUACGUUUAAGUCGCCCGAGUCGCAGUUCGUUCUGUUCCUGUUUGAGGUUCGAUUUGGCAUAGAUCCCUGAUCCCUGAACCCUGAUACGAACUGUCUUCCUGCAAUUGCUGUAGGUCUCUGUGGGUAGGGAGGGGUAUUGGGGUGUCUGCUGCAACUACGAUACUCGUAAUAGUUACUUAGUUUUAGUGUGAUUAGUAGUUUUGUUCGAUUAAAUCUGAAAUCAUCAAAUCAAAAAGCAAUUCAAGUGGUAUUACAUUUUGACUAACCAACACACUUACACACACACGCAUAUACAUAUAUAGUUCCAAUACUCCAAAACGAAUCAAAAAAUGUAAGUAGGAAUAGCAAAAACCAAUUUGUUGCAUACGCUUGGGGCGCCCAUUUCUAGUCAAAAGUUGAACGAAUGUUGGCCACUGUACAUAGAUUUUUUUUGUAAUUAUAAUCAUAGAUAUUUGUAAAGACUAAACAUUUAUUAUUAGGCAAAACCGAACUAACUAGAAGCAGAAGUAUAGAAAAGGAAAGUGACGUGAAGUGAAGUGAAGAAACUGGACAUCGGUCUGACUUGUGUUGAUAAAUUUAUAGAGCCCUUAGCUUAGUCUUUCGAUGACCCUUCACUUGGACCUGACGCCAGACACUUUAUAUAGAUCUUAGACUGGAAUUUUGACCUCAUUCAAGGCUUCCUCUUCCCCUACAUCUGCCCCUUGUUAUCGUUUUACCAGUCGCUCCUGACCCUUGGUUGGUUUUUCUUUUCUUUUGGGUGUCUAUUAGAUCUUACAAACUACACAGAGCCUUAUACAUUUAUGAAACAAGCAACUAACCUAAAGCAACUAAAACCGACUCAUGCAGAACUCAACAAAGCUAGAAACCUAAACCCCACAAAUACCAACAUUAACAUUAACUUUAGCCUUAGUAUUAAACAAACAAAAAGAAAACGUUGAGAAAGGAGCAAGUGAGGGAAACUUAAGUGUAAAACUAAUACCGAAUGUAGGUAAGAAAGGUGCAAUUACAAUUUUUAGAUCAAGCUAAGCGAAAAAGCGAGCAAUUUAGUCGAAAUUUAUAUUGAACAAUUUAUAUUCACCCACGACAGAUCGGGAGUAUAAAUAUAACAAUCGCGAGUCUCACAAGCCCACACACAUUCAGACAAUGAUGUACAUACAUGGAGGAAUACUCCCAAAAACAAAGCUCCACUUUACACCACACACACACACACACAUACAAAUGUCUAAUGGUGAUGUCCUUGCCUUCACUUUCGCCUAAAAAAAAACGCCCCAAUUCAGUCUGAUAUAUAUAUAUAAAGAAGGAGAGACGGCAGACGAAGGUCCGUUCAGUUCAGGUCGGUGCGAAGAGCCAAAGAAUAUGCUUAUAUGUACGAGCCUCUUCAGGAUUACCUCUAGUUACACCUAGAACGAGAACGAGAACGAGAACAACCUAACAAAAUUAAGCUUUUAUACGCCAGAAUUUUUUUCUAAGAAAAACAAACAAGAAAAUACUCAAGAAUAUACAUAAAUAAACAUAAAAAGAAAAGAACAAAUAAAAGUAAUAAUGCGAACAGAACAAAAAAAA